ACAAUGCGUUUUGCCUUCGUUCUAGUUUUUGCUCUCGUCAGCGGCCCGAUCGUUGCUAGAUGCGCCGCCGCCACAACAACCCCGACAGGCAGUCCUUCUACUACUCCAACAGCAAGUACUCCCACAACGGCAAGCUCCACCAGUCCAACGACUAGUACUUCCACUAGUCCUACCACUAGUACUUCUACUAGUCCUACCACCAGUACAUCCACCACUCCGACAACAAGUACUUCGACUAGUCCUGCCACCAGUUCAACAACGACUUCUACCAGCCCAUCCACAAGUACUUCGACCGAUACCAGUUCCAGCACCACAAGCACAUUGACUAAGGCAGAAAGACGUCGCCUAUUGAAAAUUAUUGCUCGCUUGAGAGCUGAGCGUCGGACUUUGAGAACUCAGCUUCGCAACAAAGCAGUUCGUACAGUCGUAAUCCGGAAAACUCGUGUCGUCAAAAAGAAAAGUGGCUGAAGAAUUGAUGAGAAAUCUCUCAAAAUCGAAAAAUAUAUUUUCUCGUCCAUAUAAAUAAAAUGCAAAAUAUUCAAGAAUAA